AAAUACAUUGGGCCUCCACGUGUCCUUCUUCAAACAAACCAAAGAUCACUUUAACCGAAGUCAUGAAAUCUGAGCUUAAUUUCUGUAGUCUGUUUGCUUUUCUUUCUCUCUUUUUACCCUGUAACCUUAUCUUGUAUACUCUUGACUAUCUUACAGUAAAGCUGGAAUGUAAACCGUUGGUGCAUGAAUAAAUACAGAUCACUAGGUAACCUUGACUGCUCCGACACGUAACAAAUUUAUGCUACGUCAAAAAAUAGUUUUGGAGAUUCGAAAAGCGAGAUAUUAAAUAGCCGUCGCGUUUGUUUCGAUUCAUUGCCCUGACUUGCAAGUUCAGGAUAGUUACCAACCUCGGUGCAUCCGGCCGGAAAUCAACCAUUGUUUUUCAUUUUGCAUUACACAAUCACCUGAUUCGUGUGUCAGUAUAUAGUUUUUAGCUCUGUGUUCUAGCACGCCCCACACCGUCCUCUUUUUUAAGUUUGCAAUUCGGAGAACCUCAACGUGCAAGAGGCAUUUUGAUAUGCCGGACGGACGCUGGUUAUCAACAAAAUACAACUUAUUUUUCAUUAACUUGAACGGACAUCAGAAAAAAUGAAGAAGGAUUCCACAAGGCGGUGUAUUAACCACAUUUCUUUCACGGUACUCCUUGGAGCGACACUAUUCGUCUAUAUUGGAUCCAUAGGACCUUAUACAUCUGGAAUACUCACCACCAUUCAAAGAGAAUUUCAGUUCAAAAGUUCAGAAGUGGGACUCGUUUUAAGUAUCAACGACAUCGUUGCUCUUGUCCUAGUUACACCCAUUGCUUACAUCGGAGCAUCCCGUCACCGGCCAAGGAUUUUGGGUUUUCUCACAAUAUUUUUCGCUAUUGGUUGCUUCAUGUGUGCGCUUCCUCAGUUUACUGGAAACAAGGAAACGACGACCAAAACCACGCCGACGUCGGUAACGCCAUUCAACGAAUCAGCAAAGACCGAAGACGUCACAUCUCUUCCUUACGCUGGUCUUCAAAAUACGAGUCUCUGUGAGAUCGACACUGACGACGACUGCUCAAAGGAAGAAGUCGACGCAUCGGGGGCGCAGUAUGGAAGAGCGACAUGGUUUCUCGUUGGCCAGGGCUUCUUAGGGCUAGGCGCCACCGGAUACUGGACCCUCGGGUUGACCUACAUGGAUGAUGGUUUGCCUUCCAGGACUGCCCCCUAUAUGCAUAUGGCUUCACUUUUCGUGAUGUUCAGUUUAUCACCACUCGCGGCUUUUGCGCUCAGCGGGAUUGCACUCUCUCUACAUACCGACUUCUACAAAAUCGACGUCGAUGAACUCGGCUAUGACAGUAAAGAUCCUCGGUGGGUUGGCGCGUGGUGGCUUGGGUACGUCAUCUACGGUCUGCUGACUUUGUUUCUCGCUAUACCAUACUUCUUUUUUCCCAAAGACUGGCCAGAAAAGGCCGUCGUGGUGGUUGAUCUGGAAGAGAAGAAGAUGAAAGAAAAACGUGCGAAUGAAGAAGAUGAUGAUCAACCUUCAACAGCUUUCUUGAUAAAGAGCAACCUUCCAGGUCCAGACUCAACAUGUUUGGGUAUGGUCAAAGGUUACUUCUCUGCUACACGUCGCCUUGCAACCAACAUGACGUACUCGACGUUGAUCAUCUCAUCCAUUUCUGAUUCGAUCAUGUUCGCUGGUUUCUUUUCGUUUCUUGGACGCUACCUGCAGACACAAUAUGACGUCACGCCAUCGAUGACGUCAAUAAUACUCGGUUGUGCCUCCACCCCUUCUGGCGUCGUUGGGAAUAUGCUUGGUGGAAUCUGUUUCAAACGACUCAAACUAUCUCUGAAAGGCCUUUGCGGAGCCAUCAUUACCGGUGGCUGUUUCACGCUUUUCAUUUUGGGCAUGUUUUUCGUCGUUAGCUGCGACACGUCACCCAUUGCUGGUCUGAAUACCCCCUAUCCAGACGGUACUGAAAUGAUUGGCAGGGAUGUGCCAAUUGCGUCUUGUAUGAGUGGUUGCACUUGUCCGGUGGGCGUGUAUACUCCCGUCUGUGGAUCGAAUGGGAUUACAUACGUCACACCAUGUCACGCUGGCUGUAAGGAUCAAAGUUUUGAUGAUGAUAGCGACCAGAUGAUAUACUCCAACUGUUCAUGCAUAGGAUCAAAUGCGUUCCUGACCACCCCGGCAUACGAGGAUGACACAUCUGUACCUGAAAAAUGUUCUACUUCCUGCACUACCAAGAAAUACGGCUUCAUUGCCCUCCUUGCUCUCUUGUUUUUGUUUUAUGCUUUCUUGAAUGUUCCUUGUUUUAUUCUAUUCAUUAGGACAGUAGAUAAUAAGGACAAAGCGGUUGCUUUAGCGUUCUCGAGCUUACUCCAGAGAGUUUUAGCAUUUAUACCGGCUCCGAUCUUUUUCGGUGCGGCCAUUCAGACUACAUGCAUGAUGUUUCAGGAAUCCUGUGGCAUUACUGGAAACUGCCUCGUCUACGACAACAUUCGCUUAUCACGUGUUAUCAUCGGACUAGUCUUAAUCUUUAAAGUCAUGGCUUUGAUCAUGUACACGAUCUGCUACUUUACGAUUCGACGAAAUGAAUCAGGGGAGUACACAUAUCUCCAACUUUGCCAACAAGAAACACCGGAUGACACCAAGUCAGCUGAAGCCGCUAUGUGUACCAUUCCAUAUGAGACCACAGUUUAAAGGCCCACUGUACUACUCGUAGCUACUUGCUCCCUCUAUAUAACAAACAAUGUCUAAUCGGUGACCAAUGGU